GUGGCUGGCCGGCUGGGCGUGUUCUGUCAUUGUGUGUGUGUGUUGUCCUGUCGGGCUGCUGUCCGCUCCGGUACGGCUCGGUACGGUACGGAUCAUCAGCGACGCAGACACAUCCGUACAGAGAGAGAGAGAGAGAGGAGAGGUGGAGAGAGGUGGAGAGGUGCAGUGAGACGCAUCAGCUGCUGCGUACAUAACAAACCCUCCGUGCGUCAACAGACUGACUGGCAGCGUCUCUUCCUCCUCACAGCGGUCCGGUUGGAUUUUACUGCGGCGUCUGCUGCAGCUGGAGGCGGCAGAGAGGAGCUGGAGGAGCCGCAGAGAGGAGCUGGAGGAGCCGCAGAGAGGAGCUGGAGGAGCCGCAGAGAGGAGCUGGAGGAGCCGCUGCAGCAGGAGGAGGAAGGUCAGCAGGCAGCACAGGAGAGUUCACAGGGUCCCCUGUCCUGCUCUGUGCUCCCUGAGUCAUUCAGGGUCUCCCUCCACCAAAGGCACCAGCAACCGAUAUGAUCCCUCACUGGCUUCUCAUCACUCAACACAGCCAAUUGAGUUGUAGAGAUGUCAAAGAAGGAGAUGAAGGAAGAACCGUCCGGUGAAGAGUGAAUGAAAGAAGGACGGAGUGAAGGAAACACACAAGGAGAGCAAGAGGCAAAAGGAGGAGAGAAAAAGGAAAGAAAAGGGAAGAUGUGAAGAGCUUCAGGAAAGAAGGAGAGACGGAGUUGAGGAAGUGUUAGAGGGAGGAAACACACAAAAAGAGACGGACAGCGAGGACGCCAAACGGUGGACAAAGAAGCUGCUGGGAGCUCUGGGAAGGUAGGACGGGAAAGCGAGGGACUGGUCGAGGGAGGGGAGAAACAUCUGGAUGGUCUCCACAGCGACGGCCAGCAGGUUACCCCCCCUCCGAAGAUGGCCUCCAACUUCAACGACAUCGUCAAGCAGGGCUACGUACGCAUGCGCAGCCGCAAGCUGGGGAUCUACCGGCGUUGCUGGCUGGUGUUCAAGAAGUCAUCCAGCAAAGGACCUCGUCGUCUGGAGAAAUACCCUGAUGAGAAGUCUGCCUACAUCAGAGCCUUUCCCAAGGUGACAGAGAUUAGCAACGUCAAGAAUAUCACACGGUUGCCUCGAGACACCAAGCGGCAGGCGGUGGCCAUUGUGUUUACAGACGACACCUCACGCACCUUCACCUGUGAAUCAGAGCUGGAGGCAGAGGACUGGUUUAAGACGCUGUCAAUUGAGUGUCUGGGCACACGGCUCAAUGACAUCAGUAUGGGAGAGCCUGACCUGCUGGCUGCUGGAGUGCAGUGUGAACACACAGAGCGUUUCAACGUCUUCCUCCUCCCGUGUCCCAACCUGGACAUCUACGGGGAGUGCAUGAUGCAGAUCACCCACGAGAACAUUUACCUCUGGGACAUCCACAACCCUCGCACCAAGCUGGUCACCUGGCCUCUCUGCUCGCUGCGGCGCUACGGACGUGAUGCUACCCGCUUCACCUUCGAAGCCGGGCGGAUGUGUGACAGCGGUGAAGGCCUCUACACCUUCCAGACCAGAGAGGGGGAGCAGAUCUACCAGAGGGUUCACUCCUCGACGCUGGCUAUCGCAGAGCAGCACAAGAAGGUCCUGCUGGAGAUGGAGAAAAACAGCAGGUUGAUGUCGAUGGGUUCAGAGCCCGGCUCCUACCCCUGCACCCCCACCGCCAUCCUGCCCCGAUCUGUCUACUGGCACCACAUCACUGGAAACCAGACCGGUAUGGAUGGCAGCGGUGAUGCUGCAGAGGACGACCUGCUGUCCACCCGCCUGCCUCCCGACCGCCACGCCACGCUGCCCCUGGCAAACGCACUCGCACAGUCCCAGCCGCACAUACACACACACUCCCCGACACACUACCCCACCUACCCUGGACAGUGACACACACACACGGACAUUGAAAAAGACGCAAACACACACACAUGCAUGCAGGCACACACAGUGAAAGAAACACACACUGUCCCUCCUUAUAGUAGUUUUACAGCCCAACGUUACACCUCACAGGAGACGUUGUAGGCGGGACUAACACUGGCCAACAGACCGUGCUGAAUGCAGAAAGCAGGAAGUGAAAACUAAGUUCAGCAGAAGACUGCAAAGAGAUUGAGCUUCCUUACAUGACUGCAGCUCCUACAAUUCCACAGUAGACGGGGGGAUAUUUGACGUUUUUCCACACUCAGGAUGAGAAACUCUGGCAGAUUGGCAUACUACUACUGUUCAAAGUAAAGACUGGAGGCUAUCAGUACGCUUUAAAGGUACAGUGUGUAAGAUCUGGACAAAAUUUAAGUUUAAAACGUUCAAAAAUUGAACAUAAAUUGGAGCAUUUAGUUGCUAAAGAGACAGAUAUUUCCCCCAGGAGUUGGUGGAGACCAAAAACAGAGCUAAAAGGUGCAAUGUGUAGGCCUAAUAUCUGGCCAGAACUUUUGUUUAAAACUUUCAAUAAUUGAACAUUAUCAACAGAAUGUGAAGUGAUUACAGUGUUGACGUCGUCUAUGUAUACUGUUGCAGAGAUAUCUACUGAAACUAGCAUGCUAACCAGCUAGCCCCGGCCCGUCCUGUCUUGUAAUACCACUUGUAUCUCGAGAGGCGAUAGUGUAGCGUCCAGUCUGCCCUCAGUCCAACAUAAGAGGACCAAGAAGUAGAGCCAAAGAAGGUAUAUUGAUAAGAACAUGAAAGCCAAUUGGUCGUUCCAUUGCCACUUCAGCGCCCAGCAGCAGAGCUGCACGUCCGCCAUUUGGACUGAAAGCGUCUACCAGACGCCCGUAAAACGUCCGCCUACAAAGUGUUGUACAAAAGUAAAACUAAA